AUGCAUGGGAGGAUGGAAGAGGAAUGGUUAGUGGUGAAGGAUGAACAUUUGGCAGAUGGUGAUAAGGGAAUGAAAGAUGAUGAGGAGGAGGAUUAUAUGUCUGAAGCGUUCAUCUGUGAUGCAUCUAAUUGCCAAUUUAUAGGCAUCUCAUCCAGUCAUAAUUAUAAGCGGCAAUUAAAAAUAGAAGAAAAAAAAUUGGAAAAUGUUGUUCGAAUGCGAAAUAUUCCACGUCGUGCUGAUAUAGAAAGGCAAAUGCUCGAGAUUGGUUUGUCAAAGCCACUUAGCAACGAUUCGAAAGGUUUUGCAUUAUUAUCGAAAAUGGGAUAUAAGCCUGGAAUGAGUAUUGGUAAAAGAAAUCAUACCAACGAAGGGAUUAAAGAACCAAUUAUGGUUCCGAUAAAAAUUUCACGAACUGGUUUGGGUCACGAAACUGAAGAGGAAGAGAAAAGGAAACGGCACGCUGAAUUCCGUAUGAAGAAUUUGGUGGCUAAGGAGAAAGCACAGUUAAUUUUGAAGGGAUACCUUAUCGAUGAAUUUCAAGUGCGCAAACAAAAUCGAGCAAAACUGAGAAAUUUGUUAUGCGAUUUGAACAAAAGUCGCAAAGCUUGUGAAGAUUUAGACUUCAGAGUGGGAAUGGAAUUACCAAAGCAGCCAUAUUUUUGGCCUACAAUAAAAGUUCCUAUUGACGAUAGCAGCAGCAAAGAUGGUGUCUUGGUGCAAAAAUAUGCAAAUGGUCAUGAACUGGUCUUUGAUAAAGAAUUUGAGGAAUUAUCUGAAGAAGACUUAAUCAGUAUUACAUCUUACCUUCGGCAGAAUUAUUAUUAUUGCGUAUGGUGUGGAAUCAAGUAUGAUUCAUAUGAUGAUAUUCAAGAGAAUUGUGCCGGCCCUGAUCGUUCUUAUCAUGAUGAUUUAGAUCAGGCUUGA